GCGGGGGAUGGCGGCGGCGCGGGCACUGCUGGUGCUGGCUGUGGGGACCCAGGCCAGCAUCCUUUUCACCAAAGAGCCGUACUCGCAGGAUGCCCUGCACGGCCGCGGCGCCAUCCUCCACUGCGAGGUGAAGGAGCCCGCCGACGUGGAGUUCCAGUGGCUGCAGAACGGGCUCCCCGUCCAGGACACGGAGCAGCGCUUCAAGGAGGGCAGCAACCUCCAGUUUGCCGCCGUGGAUCGGCACCGGGAUGCCGGGGUGUUCCAGUGCCUGGCGAGGAACGUGCUCAGCGGGGAGGAGGCGCGCUCGGCCAACGCGUCCUUCAACAUCAAGUGGAUUGAGACAGGCAGUGUGGUUCUGAAGCAGCCGGCCAGCGUAGCUGAGAUCCAGCCCUCCUCCACGGUGGUGCUGCGGUGUCACAUCGAUGGCCACCCACGCCCCAUGUGGCAGUGGUUUCAGGACGGCAGCCCGCUCCCGGAGGGCCGCGGCACCUACUCUGUCAGCAGCAAGGAGCGCACGCUGACCCUGCAGAGCGCCGGCCCCGACGACAACGGGCUGUACUACUGCUGCGCCCGCAGCGCCGUGGGCUUCGUCUGCAGCCGCAACAACUUCACGCUCAGCGUCGUCGACGAGAGCUUUCCUCAGGCAGUGAUCGUCCCACAGGACCUCAUCGUGACCAAGAACGAAGAGGCCGUGUUCGACUGCCAGUUUGCAGCUGUGCCCCCUCCCACGCAGGAGUGGCUCUUUGAAGACAACCCCAUCUCCAACAGAUCCAAGAUCACCGUGUUUGCCAACGGCUCCCUGCUGAUCACCCAGGUGAGGGCUCGCAGCACCGGUGUCUAUAAGUGCGUCGGCCGUGGGCAGAGGGGGAAGACUCUCGUGCUGAAGGCAACUCUGCGGCUGGCAGAGAUCGAAGACAUGGCACCCUUCUCCCCGAAGGUGUUGACAGCGAACCAGGGGCAUCGCGUGUCCUGCCCUGCUCCACAAGGCGUACCCAUGCCCCAGGUGUGGUAGGAGAGAAACCAGGAACGAGUUCCCACUGCUGGCAGGGUGUACCAAGAGGCGGAGCAGCUCAUUUUCACCAGUAUCACCGAGACGGACGCAGGGAUCUACACGUGCCAUGCUGCCAACAAGGCUGGAGAGAAGAAGCAGGAGCUGAGCGUCACUGUUGCCACCGUCCCCAAAUGGGUGGAGAUGCCCAAGGACAGCCAGCUGGAGGAGAGCAAGCCAGGAUACCUGCACUGCCUCAGUAAAGCCUCCCUGAAACCCACCGUCACCUGGUACCGCAACGGCGUCUCCAUUUCUGAGGACUCGCGGUUUGAGAUUUCGGAGAACGGCACGCUGCGCAUCAACAACGUGGAGGUGUACGAUGGCACCAUGUACAAGUGUGUGAGCAGCACCCCGGCGGGCAGCAUCGAGGGAUACGCGCGGGUGCACGUGCUGGAGAAGCUGAAGUUCACCCCGCCACCUCAGCCCCUGCAGUGCAUGGAGUUUGACAAGGAGGUGGCAGUGUCCUGCUCAGCCACGGGCCGGGAAAAACCCACCAUCCAGUGGACUAAGACAGAUGGGAGCAGCCUGCCGUCCCACGUCAGCCACAACGCUGGCAUCCUGUCCUUCCACAAGGUGAGCAGGAGCGACUCGGGGAACUACACCUGCAUCGCCUCCAACCGGCCGCAGGGCGAGAUCCGUGCCACCGUGCAGCUCGUGGUAGCAGUUUUCGUCACCUUCAAGCUGGAGCCAGAGCCCACAACGGUGUACCAGGGCCACACAGCCAUGUUCCAGUGCCAGGCAGAGGGGGACCCCGUACCGCACAUCCAGUGGAAAGGGAAGGACAAGAUUUUGGAUCCCGGCAAGCUCCUGCCCAGGAUUCAGAUCAUGCUCAACGGCUCCCUGGUGAUUUACGAUGUCACCACUGAGGACUCUGGAAAAUACACCUGCAUCGCUGGCAACAGCUGCAACAUCAAGCACCGGGAGGCCUUCCUAUAUGUUAUAGACAAGCCAGCAGCAGAAGAGGAUGAGGGGCCUGGCAGCCACACACCCUACAAGAUGAUCCAGACCAUCGGGCUCUCAGUGGGGGCAGCCGUUGCCUACAUCAUUAUUGUGCUGGGGCUGAUGUUCUACUGUAAGAAGAGGAGAAAAGCCAAGAGGCUGAAGAAGCACCCAGAGGGCGAGGAGCCUGAAAUGGAGUGUCUGAACGGCUGCUAGUACGCCACUUAAUCCUCUGAGCUUUCAGUGUGGUUUUGUGAAACUCAGGAUUGACCUUCUGCAAGCUUUUUCUCAACUUAUUUGUACCUGCAACAGCCUAAAAACAAGUCCACCCCCAGCUAUUGCCACAACGAUUGCCAUGACAUCAGGAAACGAGCUCCAGAGGUGUGGACGCAUCUCC